UCUUCCGCCCACCGUCGUUAUUCCCCGUUUUCCCCACUCGUCCCUCUCCCUCCUCACCCCCCCUCUCUCACUCUCACUCUCUCUCUCUCUCUCUCCGUUCGUUCUGGCAUCGCGACGGCGACGGAGGAAGGACGGACGUGGUGUGCCGAACGAGGACCAGCGCAGCACAGAGCAGCUGGAACGUCAGAGUGCCCUCCGACUUCGUCGCGUACACAUCCCUCCCUGCGGAGAUCGCGGCGGACCGACGUGUUGCGAAUCGCGUUAUGCGAUCGUAGGCAUACGUGAACGAGAGGGGGUGCGACGCGGGUGUCCGGUACCCAUACGUCUCUUCCAUUUAUCUGCCUAUCGCUCGCCGGUGAAUACUGCAUUUGUGAUACUGUGACUGUCCGAGAAAGCCCGCUCGCUUUCGCAGUCACGAGAGAGGAAAAAAGAGAGAGAGAGAGAGAGAGAGAGAGAAAGGGGAGAGAGAGAAAGCAAAACGGAAAUUGAAAACGGUGCAGCAAUCCAACCGGCGGAUCGGAGGGAGAGAAACUGAACUUCAUUCCACGCGGAAUUGCCGAGCUCGCCUUCGAGUUUCUCUCGAUUACAUCGCUACGGUAUUUCUGUCGGUAUCUCGGGAAUUAUCUCCGAAGAUCCGUCGGCGGAAGCGUCCGGUCUGAUUAUUGAGGAUUUUACUAUCGGGCGUCAGUGAGAGGAUACCUGUCGGGAAAAAAAACCGCUCCCUUCUCAGUGAUCUGUGAAAGAAGCUUCGUCCCGCGCAAUCGUUCGUAGUCACCAACGUCAACGAUUGUCGUCUCGUUCGAUAUAAUCGCUCGAUAGGAAUCCCUGAUAAAGUGACACAGCAUCCUGUACAGUUUUCUCUAAUAACAAACGGAAGAUUUUCAAGCGUACAGUCGUGAAAUUCUCGGUUGAUUUAGGAUGGGCAUCUGGAGGAAGCGACGCACGUAAAGUUUUCGGUAGUGUUGGUGGCGCGUUUUUCCAAAUCGCACGGUGUUCCGAUUUUUCGCUGAAAACCGCGGGCAAAUCGAGGAAAACCGAAGUAAAAGAGUAGUGGAAGAUUGCGAGGGAUCGAGCACGAUGCGCUGAAGAAGAGGCGUCGAUUAUUGCGGGUCAAAAGCAGAGCGGCCUACAAGAGCGCGCUGGACAUUAAGCUAAAUUACUUUGGCAUCGAGAACGAGACUGGCAGAGAGUGUAAUAGUGAUAAGGCGAGUGAGCGAAAAGGAGAGAGAGAGAGAGAGAGAGAGAGAAUAAAUUGGACAAAGCGGAGUCGCGUGACCUGGUCAACUUGGUGAUCACGAGUGCGAUAUCGCUAUGCUGCCGCGAAGAAGUCGCGUUUUGCCGUUUCAAUAAAAAGAAAUCAAACGUAACUCGCGUGCGAGGGGAGAAGCGAAUAAUACUCAAAUCACUCUAAAAUAUUACUCGAGGAGGAGCGAUGCUCGCGGUGAAAGACGCGAAAGUAAAGAGCACCCGCGAAGAUCUCUUUUGAGACGCAUUACAAGCUCGGUGAUAGAACUGAGCAGAUGUAACUGAGCACCCGCACAACGUGGAGUGGCAACGUCUAUACGCGCGCAUAAAUAGAGAGACGUACGAACGGUAGAAAGGUCGGGAGAGAUCUAACGUCCGUGCGCUGCGGGAGAGAAACGGCUUUAUUAAUUGCCCGUCGUAAUUGGGCUUUGUAAGGCUUGCGGUUAAUUAGUUCGGGGUCCAACGUGAACGAUGAAGUGGUGCGUGUUGGUGUUGGUAUUCGCCGGUCUGACUAGGGGCGAUAAUGCCAUCGAUACGAACAACAUCUUCAAUUGCCCGGAACUCAAUGCUCAGGACGAGAUAGACCUCGACAAGAUUAUGGGAAAGUGGUACGUCGUGGAAAUAUUGGAACACAGGGCGGACCCCACGAAGUCAGUGAGCGGUACGCGCAUCGUUGACUCUUGUCCGAUCGUGAGGUUGAAGCCGCUGCUAGAGCACGCUGCGUUGAAACUGUUGUGGAGCGAGGAAUCUGGAAAUGUGGAAUAUACCUUCCGAAUACCAGAUAUUGCCAGAAGAAAGGGCUUCUGGAAAACCAUGACCUCGCAGAAUGGUACCUUGGCGGACAGGCAGAAGUACAUGCAGUUCUACGGCAGCGUGCACGUAAUGAAGGCCGUCGCCUCGGAUAUGGUGUUGACUUUCUGCUCCCGGAAUCCCAACAAUCAGCUUUACUCCCUCCUAUUGUCACGCGAGCACACUCUGCAGAAGAGCGACAAACGAGGCGUUCACAAUCUCCUGGCGCGCCGCGGCCUCAAGAUCGUCAGCAUCCGCGAGACCUGCGUGUACGGCGGCGCCGGAUCCAGACGGAGCGCGCUCGAUCUCGUCGCCUGGACGACCCUCGUCGGCCUCCUCUCAUCGAGCGUUCUCUUCAGAUCCUGGCAGUAGUGAAAUUAGACGGACGAUCGAUCGAUCUCGAGACGCCCAGAAUCGCCCGAGAUCGCGCGUCUCUCAACCGUGUCGCGGACUAAUUAACGCGAUUGUGCUAACACUUUGGAUGCUGCCGUGCGAGUAAUCUCGGAACGUUACACCGGGUUACGGAAAUCCGUCGACUGCGCUCUCGCUGUACACGUGUUACGUUAGCUGCCUAUCUGUAAGAUACCCAUAUAAAUAAUAAUUUUCGCGUCGUGUAACUUUCCGCGUAAUUUGUGUUCCCGCGAAAAAAUUUUAAUUUACGAUACCGAUCCUUCUCUUUCGGCAGAUUUAUAUUACAAUUGCAUUAUAAACUAUUUUAAUUAACAACUAUAUAACGUGCAGAUAAGUUAUUAAAUAAAAGCAAACAGAGUACUCUCUACGCGGUUACGAAGAAAAAAACAUGAAUACAUGUUGAAAAUUAAAUAACUUAAUUAAAUUAAAAUUAGGUCUGAAAUGAAGUAACUAAUGAGCUCCAUUUAUUGCAUUUUUCCUUUUUUUUUACCCAUUUACCGCACUCUCGACGUACAUCGAUCGACACGCGAACUAAUUUUGUGCGAGGGAGUUGCAUCCAAAGGGUUAAAAUUACAUCGCGCGGCGAUGGACGCUCGAUCAUUGACAUCGAAGAUUUCUUCCGCAAUUAACGUAACGUCAUCGUGGAUACUCGAUCAACAUCACGGGAAACGGAAUUGCGAUUCAGAUCCGCGGCGUUCUCUCGGUCUCAGGUAAUCGCGCAGAAAGAACGAACCAACGUCAACGGGAUUUGUGAUUUGGUUUCGAAACGACGACGACGACGACGACGACGAUGACGACGACUUCCAAGGAGAUCGGAUCGCGGGAAAAGCGCGGCGAGAUCACGCGCAGGAGAGGAGCAUCGAUAUCAUCUGUGAUUCCCAUGCGGGGGAGCUUCUUCCGUCUUUCUAUCUCCCCUUGCAGAUUCCAUCCUCCGGAUUCGUCGGCCACUCGAAUAUUUUUCAGCGCUGUCCGUUUGUUCCUUCGUUGAGAAUGAAUUACCCAUUAGGCGAUUUCUCUUCCUGUCUUCCUUCCUCCCUCGUAAACCCUCAUGGACAUCGCGCUCUUCGCCGCUCCGUACGGUUUUUAAUCAAAGGGCCCUUUGUAGCGCAAAAAAGUUCACCGCGAACAAAGCGCGCGUACCACGGGGUUCAUUUUUUUCUCCCCACGAUACUUUCUUGAGUUAUGUAGUCCGCUCGUGUGCUCUCUCUCUCUCUCUCUCUUGCAACCAAUUCACCGAACGAACAUAAUUCUGCAUCGGCGUUUAUUGAGAGGUUCGCUUCGAUACAUCUACUUAAUGUACUCGUUAGUCUAGCGAGUAAAUAAUUAUUUCUACGCUAAUUGCUCUUCGUGCGUAGCGUUGCUUUUCGCGACGCGGACCUAAAGUCUCUACGAAUAGAUCCGUCGCGAAAGGGAAAAAAGGCACUCGCUAAAGUUUCCGCGAAGUUGUUAAGAUCACUUUGCGUCCGUUGCGAAAAUACGCGGUCCUUCUUUUUCCCCCUUAUUCCCCCCCUCCCUUUAAUGGCGCAAAUCUCACCGAAAUCCGUAACAGAGGGAAAGUAAGCAUGACGGAACAUCAGAAUCUCUCGCGCGAGAGCCGCACCGAGGAUUUUCCGCAAAUACUUUUCCGAUAGCUGAGGGUCGCGUACCCGUUUGGCGCACCCUUCGGCUUUCCUUUGACCACGCUGAAGGAUGUUCGAGCGGCACUAACGUUCUCUUUACAUCUCUCUCUUCCCCUUCCUCCCCGGAUGCUUGUCCGUCAGAAAAGUUCCCUCGAAUUGCCUUAUCGCGGGGAACAUCUCGAUGCCCGGAGUCGCGUCCCGCCGAUAAGAGUGCGGAUUACGGGGGAGAGAAAUGGGAAUGCGGAACUAAGAGACGUCUGCAUUCUUGUGUGUCUCCGCGUCAAAUGGAGGGAGAGACAAGGAGGAAGAGGGCGAGAGAAGAAUGAAGGGAGAAGAAUGAGGUAUGCUCUCGACGAUUUCGAGUUCCACUGAUGCAGCAACCUCAUGCAGAUUGCAGAACUAUUUGAACGGCGAUAAUGCCGUUCCGCGGGAGGAAGCCCCCCCUCCCCCUCCGGGACUCGUUUUUGCCUUUUCCAAGGCUUUCCAUAUAUGGGGGGUGCUCUCAAGAACGAAACUAACGAUGACCAUGGUUGAACGACCGUGUGGUCGUUCCAAUCCCGCUAAUGUCUUCAAAAGUGACAGUGAGACGCCGCGGUUUACGACAAAAGUUGCCUAUGUGCCUAUUUCAGUGACAAUUGAUUUACCCAUAUCGUUUAUACUAUUUUUUUAUCUUUUCUUUCACGAAAUCACACAUCUCAUUUUUUCAAUCUCACAUUUAAAUCUUUCUUUAUCAUUUCUUUAUCAAAAAAUGUAGAUACCAUCUUAAAAGAUUAUUUACACUUAUUUUUCUAUUAUCGUAAUCCCGAUGCGCGUAAUAGACUUCUUUUCACAGAAUUGGGUAAGUAUCGUACAGCUCUAAAAGCUCGUGAGAUCUUUUUCAAGCCACCUUGUAUUAUUCAGUUUGGAUCACGUAUAGCUCGCGAGUGCCGUCGUUGCAACGUCGGCGUCAUCCUGUUUCGUUCUGCGCCGCGUAACGAAAUCACCGAAAUCUCCGUAUUCACGCCUAGAAUUUUCAAACGACUACGCAAAUAGGUAAGCCCACAUUUUUCAAGAGACCCGUCGGGUUGGGCAAUUAUUGAUUUAUCGCCCAUGAUUCACCGAAAGCAAACGAAUCCGCACAAAUCGAGUCUUUUACAAAUUUACACCAUUAUCGAAUUAAUACUCCCAUUUACUUGGGAUAGAAGAUAAAAAAAUAUGUAUAAAGAUCAGCAAUAGCUUUGACUGUCGAAUUUUUAUACAUCUCUCAAUGUUUCUCUCAAUGUUUAAAGGAAAUAAAGAGAUACAUCGUUUCGGAAUUUUCAUAUGCGCGUUAUCGAGAAAUCAAUGUCUACGAAUGUCGCUUGAGAUCGGUCCAACGUUACGCGUAUUUACGAUAAGUAUCUGUAAUUUUUGGCUAAAGUUCCGAAAAGAUUGCUGUCGUUUGGCAACGACGUCUCGCUCGAAAGAAUAAAAAGCAGAAUCUCUCAUCGUGACUCCUUGAUCUUCAAGAUGCUAAUUUUUUACUCACGUGAUUUUAAAUAUUAAAUAAAAUUUCAACCAGCGAGUAAAUAGAUAAAUACUUUUUAUUCUCCGUUACGGUUUAAAUAAUUUGAGGUAAAUAAACUUUUCGGAACUUUGCUCGUAAUUUUAAGCAAAAGAGUUCUAACUGUUCAAUUUAAAAUUUUAAAUGAAUUAGUACUACUGGAAGCCGCGUAAAGUCAUCAUCUUUUUUUUGCGGACAAGGUUUAAUCACAAUCGGAAUUUUAUUCUCCGGGUAUAUUUGAUUGUUAAAUCAACAUUUUUGCUUCAAAUGCUUUACAGAAUAAAAUGUCGACGGCGGUUAACCUUCGAGAAAGAUCUGAUUUAUGCGGUUUCCAAUCGCAUCGAUGCAAAUAAUCACGUCGUACAUGAAUGAUUCGUGUCUCUAAAAAAAAAAAAAGAGAGAAAGAAAGAAUCGAACGUCAUUCUGUCGGGCGAAUCGAGACACGAUAGACAGAAAUACAUGUCGUACAUGUUUCCGAAUGUUAGUGAAUGUUAAAUGACAAUAGGUGUCAGCGGUCAAGCUGAUUCCGCGAGGAUGGAUAGGUAUAGCGAAUUGUCGAACGUUUAAAGUCUAAAUUAUCGAACCAAAUAUCGCGUAAGGCAGGAUAUUGAUGUACCGUGACAAUUUCACAUUCAAUCUGCAAUUCUCGAAUGUUUUCUCAACAGUAGAAUUAAGAACGUCACGUUAUCUGAUAAGCUUCGCGAACGUAAUUCCUCUGCCGUUUCCAUUGCGUAUAACACGAAUUUUUAUUGUUAACGUUUAAGUCUUUUCUCAAUUUUCUAAAUUGAUAUGCAAUCAUAGAAUUAUAUAAGCUACGUGUAUAAUAAACCGACUGCGAGUAAUAACUGAAACAGCGUGAAAUAAUUAUUUCGUUUUGAGAUAUAAAAUGCUGCUCGAAAUACAAUAAUUAUAUUUAUUAUUUUGUUAAUUGUUUUAUAUAUAUAACUCUAUAAAGCAGAUUUAUUACUGAUUAUCGGAAUGCCGUUAUUACUAUAUAGAAAGUCUAUUAUAAAAUAUAAUUAAUAAAACAGUAGUUGUUAUAAAAUAAUCAUAUUUAUAUACAUAUAUGCAUAUAAAAUACCAUAAAGAUACGGUACUUUAUGGCGUAAUAAUUAUCGAUCGAUUCAAUAUCAAGAUGCGAAAUGAUUGUGAUUAACGACGUAAUUAAAUUGAUGAAACUGAAAGCCACUAGCUAUGAUUACGUAAAUACAUUCCUUGAAAAGUCUGAUAGGCCUGAUAAGUCAUUUGGAUGAUUGUCAAAAACACCCGAAAAAGGAACUUAAUAAAUGAUAAUUAAGACAAAGAAAUACUAAUCGUGAUAAUUUGUACUCUCUUGAUCUAACAAUGUCGGACGGAUUCGCGGGUGCAUCGACAACGCUGUGACGAAAAUAAGUGACAAUGUAAAACAUAAUCACCGACAGAUCUUUUAAAGGAGCCACGAAUGAUGAAAUGAUCGUUAAUUAAUAUCAACGAUUGCUGUAAAUUAAUAUCGAUAAUAACGGUGUGCUGUGAGGGGAGAGGGAACGGGCGAAUAAACAAUUAAAGCUCACGAUUGAACGUGAUUAAGGCCCGGCCAAGCUCGAUAGCUCGGAAAGGAAGGAUCGGCUUAUCGAUUCUCCCUCAAGUUCCACCUCGUUGUUUCCGUUAACGUAACGUCGUGCCGUUAUGCAGAAUUUACGAGGCCGCGGCGCUAACCACGAGAGAGCUGUGCCAUCAAUUUUUAUCACACUCACUUCCGAAUUAAGCUUAAACACGAUAUUUCUUCUCGAGCAUACGGCGGAUUUAUCGGACGAUUACACGAAAAUCCCAUAACUCGCGUUACGACCCAGCCACGUAUAUUUCUCACAUUCGCGCGCGUCGAUUCGAGGCCGACCUUUCUUUUUUUUUUUCAAUAUCUCGUCAUUCGUUGGAAGAUUAUUACCGGCGCGGUGCCCCCGUCGAUUCUGUGGAUUAUGUCUUUCGUAGCUCGAAGAAACUCGUAUCUCGCAACGGGACGGCAAUUCAACGCCCUUCGGGCUUUCGCCGCGCGAUUGUCCAAGGCAUUCGAUUUUCUUUCUCAUAAUUUUUAACGUUUUUAAUAUUUCUGGAUAAUUUCUACGAUCUUGAAAAUAAAUUCAAGACACUUCUAUCACAUUAUUACCGAAAUAACUGAAAGCGCUUCUUAGCUCAUCGCUCUGCAAUUACGAAUUAAUCGAUAUUAAUGCGAAGGAGACGUGGCAAGAUGAAAACAUAUGAUGAAAUCGUGACGUUGCGAAGAUGUAGUCUGUAUAUAUCUUGACUUCGAGUAAGACAAGGUAUUCGUGAUAUCGAUCGUGAAAACUGCCCACAAUCAUCGCUAAUUCGCGUUCUCGCGAUAAUACUUUAAGCGUAAUGAGGGAUAUAUUAGAGAGUUCGUUAUUGAAUUAUUGUAUACUCGACGCAGCGGUCGCGCGGGAACGCGCGAUGUUAUGUUUAAAAUGCUCUAGAGUCUUUAUUUAUUGUACAAAAAACGCUGGAUAUUAUAGAUAUAUAAAUAUAUAUAUAUAUAUAAGUAUACGUAUAAGUUAUACAUAUACAAUCUAUAGUACCUAAUACGACGUAAUCGUAUGCUUAUUAUUAUGUGUAUAAAUAUGAAACAAUAAAAAACUACUUCGACGUUUCA